UGGCUGUUUGUUUUGGCGACUCUGUUGCUGUGGUAACUGGGAUUGUCCAGGAGGACGGAGGGGUCGGAGCCAUUGGUGACCCAGCCGCGUGUGGAUGGUCGCAGGAAGAAAACUAUGAACCUUUUCUUAUUCAACAUGAGCAAGAGGCCCUGGAACUGGAGAGGCCCAUACGCCUAGAUCAACCGGCCACCGUGAGGUUGGGGUGCCACAGGGAGGUUAUUUGAAUAAAAUAUUAUUAUGGAGGUGGAGAAAUUUGCUGCUUUGCAGCUCAGCAACCAUGGUCAUACCUUUAAGAGGCAGACAGUUCUUCCUAAAGACAGACUGGUGGAGGAGCCCAAGCAUAGGCAUGUGCCAAAUCAUUUACUGGAAACAAAGGUUUUUGCUACAUUACAGAGAAACAAUGUGAUUCAGGCUCUCCCUGCUGUGUUGCAUUUUGGAGGUUAUGAGAUUGGAAAACAUCACCAACAGAUUCUGAAAUUGAUCAACAUUUCUUCAACAAUGACAAAUGUUCACAUUCUACCACCACAGACACAGUACUUCCAAAUCAAAUAUACCAAAAAGAAUCACUUGGUCCCUGGAAUGUCAUUUAAUGUAACAGUUGAUUUCUGUCCAAAUGAAUGGCGAUAUUACUAUGACAGUAUUCGCAUUCAUUGCAAGGAAGGUGACACUUUACUUGUUCCUGUGCAUGCUUAUCCAGUUGCAAAUAUAGUGGAUUUUCCCACUUACCUAACUGUAAAAGAUGUCCCUCUUGGGCAAAGCAAGGAAAUCACCAUCCCUUUGUGCUGCAGCUGUCCAGUUGAUUUUGAGUUCCAGUUAAAUUUUCUACAAACUCAUCAUGCAUUCACAAUUCAGCCAACAGCAGGAAUAAUACCAGCUGAUGGACAAGUUGACAUUGUUGUCACGUACACACCCUCUGAUCGUGCUACGGCUCAAAUUAAGGUGCAAAUCCUCAUUUCACAGUUCAACUCAAAGCCUUGCAUCUGUACUAUUACUGGGACUUCUCCUCCAGGACUGGACUUUAGGUCCCAAGAUGAAGAUGAAAAAACUGAAGCUAUCUCCACAAAGAAGUUGCUGGAUCCUCAAAGCCUCUCACCAAUGCAAAUUUCAAGAAAAAAGCGACGUCAGAAAAUGUUAUUGGAUCAUAGCCCUGGAAUAUUGAAGAACAAGAAAAAUCCAGUUAGUUUAUCCAGUCCACAUGCUGUGGCUGUUGUGUUAAAUCAGCAACCCGGCAAACUACGAAUUAAAGAUUUGCGAAAGGUAUUAAGUAGUAUUCAAGGAGCAUCAAAAAGCAGACAGGCAAAGGAAGCAGUGUUUAAUCAAAAAGUCAAAAAAGAUGUUAUGUCAGAACAGGCUAACCAACUACGAUGGCAGACACACCUUGGUAGAGAUCCAAUAUCUGCUGAAGCUAAACAAUUGGUUCUGGAAAUAAGAGAGCUGGCAGAAGAAGAAUACAAGAUGUAUCUAGAUUACCCCAUACUAGAAAAAGAAUGUCAAAGACAGAAAACAGAGGCUUCAUCCAACCGUGUUCUGCGAGCCGUUAGUCAGUUUCCAAGAUGCACGCCAAGAUUUGACCUUUAUUCUAAUGAUCCUUGGGAAGUUCGUCAUAAGGCUCUCAAACUCUUUCAGCAAGCUGGACGAAAGGUUAUCAUACAAUGCCGAGUAAACCAUAGAUUGAGUUUGUUGCAUAAACUUGUUAGAAACUAUAAAAGACAAACAGAAAGUGGGCUCAGUUUAAAAGAAAGCAGCAUAUUUUCCGUUGAUGGGACGGUUCAGGAAAGUGAAGAAAAAUGCCGUGUGGAUUUUGCAAUGGGAGACAUUCAGCCUUUUAUGUUCCCUUAUUAUGUCUCUCCUGACUGGAGGGAUGCAUUAGCCGCUGAUGCACUCGGACCCGUGUCUGUCAAGCCUUCAAAAGUAGUAAUCGGUCAAAUAGUACCAUUCUUCAAUCUAAAGGUAUAUCAACGUUACAAGCAAAUGGAAUAUAAACCAUUCUCUACUCAAUAUGCUUCAUCCAGUUAUCUUCCAUUAACAUUGUCAAGACCCAUUAGGACAGGAGCAGAGGAUGAGUACUUCUUAGUCACACCAAAUGAGAAAAAAGACAUGAAAAUUGAAACACAUUUUGAUGAGCAGCCUGUGAUGGAUCAGCACCUUGAAGGCUCAGAAAAACAGACAAAAACAGAAGUUGGCCCCUUAACCUUAUUGCCCCCCCAAGCGUUAUUCAAACAGCCUGACUAUCAUCCACUACAUGUAUUUAACGCUGCUCCUGAUCUUUAUGCACAUAAGAGGUCUUUUUCAUAUGCUGAAACAGACCUAGAAUAUUACCUUUGUCCUCUACCAAGAUAUCACAUAGAAGGAACCAAUGUUGACAGCACACAGAAGAAAUUUCUUGAUCGAGAUGAAAUAAUGAAAGGUCUAAUGACUUGGAAGAAGUUUCCUUCUGCUGUUCUUUCAUCCUUAUCCAGCUCCGACUUUCUAACUAGUACGUGGGUGCCACGAUGGCAUGAUCGAUUUGCAUCUGAUAUGCUUCCUGUUGAUGCUCCUUUGCAAUUGGAUAGCCUGUCAGAUAAAGACAAGGAAAACAUAACCAUGGAAAGCUCUGGAGAAGUAAUGCUAACACCAGAAAUGUUGGAAGCUGAGUUCAGAAUGAUUCAAAGUUCAUUCCCAGUACCAGAGGGUCCAAAGGAUGAAACAGUAAAAGUGAAUGGUGAGCUCUCAAAGACUAAACCUUUAGAAAUAUUUUCUGCUGUUGAACCCAUUCCAAGGGAAAAACGAGAAGAGCAACUGAAUCUUUGGCUAGCGUCCAAUAACAACCAGCUGGGAUCAAAUACUCAAUUGCGGGUCGAGCACCUGAAAGGGAUAUGUGUCAACAAGCAGUUGCUUCUUAACUGAAUCCUGCUUUCAAUACUACACUGCAAUUCCAGACCACGACAGUUACAUUUUUACUUUUUAAAGACCAACUCUGCUGCUUUGCAUCUAAUCAUUAUAAGACUUGCAAUCAAGUUUUAAAGCUUACUGAUUGAGCAAAAUUAUUUGUAAAAUGACAGACUGUAGCAUUAUUAUGGACUAGGAACUCACCAGGAAAUUUGUGUGCCCAUAUUAAAAAUAAAUGUAGAUUAAAACCAUUGUAUAUAAAGUUCAAGCUGAGAAU